AUGCCGAGAAAGGACUUCGUUCGCGAUCUGGAAACGGCGAUAAAUUCUGCAGCAUAUUCUGGCUUUUCGCAUAUUGGCCCGGGUGAGGAUGACGGUGUCUUUUCUUGCACCUUCACCUUUGCCGAAAACCCUGAAAAGCCUGUUGAUAUUCAGUGCUUGAUACCCGAUGUCUCUGAUUAUCCUGAAAAACAUGAUUGUUUCGUAUACACCACAUCUGAUGAUAUUCCUCGCGUUGCGGCGUGUUUGGAAAAGGCUCAGCCUCGUCUCCGGGGGCUGCGAGUAGCUGAUGUCCUACUACAUUUGUCAAACAGCUUAAAUAAAGCUUUAUCACUUCAUACAGAAAACAAUUCUUUAUUAUCUGACGAUGCUAGACCUACGCCAGAAGGAGAAAGUGACAGCGAAAUAGCUGAUAUAGACAGCUUAGAAGAAUGUUUUGAAGAUUGGCCACCCGCUUCUUCCUCUCUCCCUCGUCCCGCCAGGGGUUUCAUUAAAGCCUUGGGGCUGGAUUCCUGCAAUAAUCCAGCAUUGUUGCAUCAACUUGCAUGUGACCUCGAAGCCGCAAAAUUAGCCGGUUUUAGAGUGGGCUACCUUGGGAAUCAAACAGCUCCGAUUAUUUGCAUUUCUUGCCGUAUUUCUCGUCUAGAAAUAUCAGAAGAAGCGAUGAAGGCUUGGAGAGUUGAUGGGCGCCAGUAUCUAGUAUGUCUCAUUCGCUACGGUGGAAGCUAUCAAUCCUUUGAGGAGAUUUUACACGAGGAUAUCGACUUUGGAAAAACAUCGCUCGGCUUUACUGUUGAUCUAUGCAACUCUUACAAACCCACGUUUGAAAGCGCUCUUGAAGCUUUGAGUGAAAACUGUGCGCUAUCAAAUGUGUCUUUGGAGGGUUCUAGUAAGGGCUCGGGCACCAGUACAAAAUCUAAAAGAAUAGUUCGCUCCUUUAUCAGCGGCCCUCUUAAUUCACUUAUGAAUGAACGAUUUGUCAAGGUUCUCCGCUAUCGAUUUACGUUUGGUUUAUCGUGGGAGGGGGCAGAGCUGUUAUUCAAUGAUACUCAAGGAAAAGCGGCACGCUAUGGUCAUCCAGAGGAUGCUAGGCACUAUAUGCAGGAUGCGAGAGGCUUAUCAGAUGUUCUCCCCCAAUUUGUUACGGCUGAUCACCUAUCGGAAAACAGUGGAACCAAAAUUUCAUUUCCUUUGAUUGCCAUGCAAUUUGCGCUUCGACACUUCGUGAGAUGCACAGAGUUUUGUCUUGUAUGCCAUUGCAAGACCAAUGCUUCGUUUGAGGCCUUGAAACCAUAUGUGUGCUCCAAACACCUGUGCCUCUAUCAGUACAUGGCCCUUGGUUUUGGUCCUAGCCUAGAGUGGGAGAUUCUCUCUCAGCCUGAUGUUGUUGAUCUUCUCGUUAGUUUUACGUACUGCAGUGCUAAGGGAAGUCGGCUAUGUGAUUUCCCCAUCGGCCUCGGCUUUUUGGUUCCUUCCAAACUCAUAACCCCUAUCUUAUCGAGACGAUUUGCACAUCUUAGCACUACCGCUUCAACCAACGAGCCGUGGCAAACGAUUGAUGCCAGUCUUAAUCGCCGUACUAUGAAAUUAACAUUUCCCCCUUGUUCUGACGUCCUGUGUCUUCCAGCUGGCACUUGGAUUGUUAUUACUGAGUAUUCCGGGGAAAAAACUCGGCUUCAUUGCCGUGUCCAGGAUGUCUCCUAUUGGCCGACAGUUCAACUUGGCCGUCCGUUUUCAACUCAACCAAAAAUAUCAGAAUAUUCGAACCAAAACAGCCAAGACGUUCUUGGUGGAUCUGAGGAACAUGAUAUUAGCUUUGUUGUUUAUGAUACUAAUUUUGACGAUCUCGACGAUGGCCGUCGACGGGCUGCGUUAUGCUUUCUCCUUGACACCCUCCCGCCAAUUGAUGAUAUGAAGGCAUAUCUGAGCACAACCACCGGCACCUCUCAACCAAGUCUUAGUAAUUGGAAGGACAGAAUUUCUAAACCGGCACUUGAUGUCCUACGUUGGAUCGUAUCUUCUAAUCGCUCUUGUAUAAUUCAGGAUAAGAUAGAAACGCCAUCGGACCCCAAUUCCCGCGACUCCAUUCGCCAUCGAGUGUCCGGUCUAAGUGGAUAUAUGCAAUUCCGAUUUGCACAGGGAGCGCCUGACAAAGAGCAACGAUUCAUACAGUCUGUAGCAAAUUCGAACAAUAACCCAGCAUACCCAACGAUAUUUGCUUGGCAUGGCAGCCCCCUGUAUAAUUGGCACGGGAUACUAAGAGAAGGAUUGCACUAUAAUGAAAAAUUGCAUGGUCGAGCAUUUGGAGACGGCGUUUACAUGAGUACGAAGUUUUUUACGGCAACAAGCUAUGCUGGCACUCAUCCGAGAAGCGCAUGGCCUCAAAGUAAGUUAGAGAUUGGAAGUGUGAUAUCUCUCAACGAGGUUGUCAACGCCCCAAAAAAAUUUGUGUGUUCUUCGCCGCAUUUGGUUGUUAAGCAACUAGAGUGGAUACAGACAAGGUACCUUUUUGUCCGGUGCAAACAAACUAUUAAAACUAGUAAACUGGUAUCAGGUGAAAAAUCUCAAUCCCCGGGAUAUUACUAUCAACAAGAUCCAUCAUUUACCGCCAUUGGCCCCGAUUUAAAGCCAAUUAUGAUACCAAUGAGUGCUUUUAGUCGUCAACGUCGUACAGAAUUAACAACGGGCACCGCUUCUUCCAUUUCACUUGGAAAUGGCGCAGGCUCAAUUGGACUAGCAUUGGGCAAAAAGGGACAGCCUACGGUGGAUGUAAUGGGGCCGACAGGACAACCUAACACUCUACAAGCAACGAAGGAUCAAGAUGGCUGGACAAGCGACGAAAGCGACAGUGACAAUGUCGGCAUUCUAGGUUCAGCAAAUACAACUGGAGAACAUCAUGCUUCAAAAACCCCACAACAAGUCAAAACCGACUUCAUUCCUGGGACUCUGAUCAACACCACUCUAUCAUUGCUGGGACCCCCUGUAAAUGCUACUCCCGCAGCCACCAAGGCCCUGCAAAGAGAUUUAAAGACGACACUUCAGUUGCAAGAAAACAGUCCCCUACACGAAUUGGGAUGGUAUAUCGAUCCUAAUCUCAUUACUACAGUUUAUCAAUGGAUAGCUGAAUUCCAUUCUUUUGAUGCCGACCUUCCGCUAGCAUCUGACUUGAAACAGGCGGGGCUGACUAGUGUUGUGCUUGAGCUUCGUUUCUUCAAGGACUACCCCAUCUCUCCGCCGUUUAUUCGUGUCAUUCGUCCCCGGUUUCUGAAUUUCCUUCAUGGCGGGGGCGGCCACGUUACGGCCGGUGGGGCACUGUGCAUGGAACUACUUACGAACUCGGGCUGGUCUGCGGUAUCUAGCAUUGAGAGUGUGCUACUUCAGGUUCGCAUGGCAAUGUGCACCACUGAUCCGAGGCCUGCUCGGCUACAACAUUGUCAGAACGCGAAGGAUGGAACAGUCAAAGAGUACGGAGUGGGUGAAGCUGUGGAGGCGUACAUUAGAGCGUGCAGAAUUCAUGGUUGGGAGGUUCCUAGGGAUUUUUCGCAAAGUAUGAGCAGGUCCGGGUGGUCUGGAAGUCAUUAA